UGUCUCUUCCUCAGUACUUCCACUCAUCCAGUCAGUACCCGUCCAUUCCUCGCCGCUUUUAAGCCGAGGCCAGCCGAAGGUCACUUUACAACCCGAUUUUUACAACCACCCCGAGCACCCGUCACGCACCCAGGCGUGCCAGGCCAAUCGAUACGGCAUCACUAGAUACACCACCCCCAAGGUGCGCAUGCCCAUGCAUCUUGGUCCAUCAAAACAUCAUGCCUCUAACUCCGCAAGACAAUAAUCCGCGACCGUCCUUCCCCAUCCCCCAAGCACGUCAACAUGUCUUUCAAGUCCAGCCCAACCUGUCUACACCGCCCACGCCCGUGCAACGGCAGCAACAACAGCAACAGCAACGACCUGCCUUUCCUCGAGUACCACAGGGGACAAUUCGUCCUCCAGGCGGAGGUAAUGGGGGUCUAGGAGGGGUAGGUUUAGGAGUAGGAGGACCAGCUCACAAAUCUCCAUACUCGACGCCCUACACACCCAACACCAUUCAAGUCCCUGGAGGACCACCGCGCUCGAAUGGCAUUCAGAAUGGAGGGGUGGGUGUGGGUGUAGGUGUAGGCGUGGGUGUGUCGGCGGAACAGCAAAUCGCCCAAGGUGUCUUGAGCAACGCGUCAACGGGAUCUGGAUCAAACACCCCCCAACGUCGACCUCCUCCCUUGGGCACGACGAUACAUAUGCCAAACCAUGGCACGCCCGGUCAACCACCGAUGGGUUUACAGAGUACCCCCAUGAACAUCAACCAUGCCAUGAACCCAACACCAUCGUCCAUGAAUCACCAGGCCCAGAGACAAUCCCACAAUGGCUCUCCCUCGAUGCAACACCUCAAUACGCAGAGACCAAACAUGACAGCGUCGCCCGUCAAUCCAGCUAUGGGAUCUCGUGCUCAAGACGGUUCGCCUCACGACCCUCAAGACAUGUCGAUGAUUGAUCCCCAACUCGCAAUUGAUCAACAGCUCAACGAUCCAAAUAACUCAGUGCUUGUAAACCAACCGAGCCCAGUCGGACCACCUAUAGCACCAGAUGGCAUGCUUUCACCACCCGAGUCUGGCAGCUACCCGACAUUCGAUGCUUUAUUCCAAGCAGCUCAAGCACACGCAUUGUCUCACGGCUAUGCGUUCGUGAUCGGAAGAUCAAAACGGGAUAACAGAGGUCUGAAGAAGGUCUUUCUGAUUUGCGAUCGAGGUGGAACGAAUAAGGAGAAAGUGCCCGGAGAAGCUCGUCAACGGAAAACCAAGUCUCGGAAGUGUGGUUGUGAAUUCGGUGUGUUCGGCUUGGAGACAAAAACUGCCUGGAUUUUGAGAGGAAGAAUAGAUGGCGAACACUUAGCACAUAAUCACCCACCCAGCGAGAGUCCAACCGAGCAUCCAGGAGCACGAAAAUUAGAUCCAAAAGCCAUUGCAGCUGUCAAGGCUUUGGAAGAAAAUGGUAUAUGAAACCGCACUCAUCAUAAAUGAACUAAGACUAACAUAAAACUAGGCGUAUCAGUAAAAGAGACUCUGGAGAUCCUCCAUCGCGAAAAUUCCAGCGUUCGCUACCUCCCUCGAGACAUUUACAAUGCUCGCGCAGCUAUCAAACGGGAUCCCUCUCGCGUCGAAGCAUCAGCUAUGGAAGAACUACCCACCUUUUACAAAAAGCCACCCAUGACUUUUGAAGAGAAACUGCGUGCCGAGCUAAGAACCGAGGUUGCAAAAGCACAAGCGGAAACCGAGGCGGUCAGACAGGAAUGGCACAAGGAGAGAGAGCAGUUGCUGGAGAAAUUAAAACAGAAGGACAAGCAGAUUCAGAAAUUUGAGAUGUUUAUCGAUAUUUGCAAUGAGCGCGUCAUGGUCCAGAGAGAGAGGCUAAGUGACGUAGAUGGAGGACCUAGUGGUGGUACCAGUGCUGCUGGUUAAGAUGAUG